UUGAAAUACAGCCCAAGUGGGAGAGAGAGGCAACUAUUUACGUGUAAAGUUUCUUUGUGAACACGUACAUUUGAAUUGUAACGAAUUUUCUCAAUUUCCUCCUGGGUGUUUAGCUGUUUACAAAUCACCGAAAACUUGGAAACCGUUGUAUUCAUAAAUGUGUGUAUUGUUCUGUGGCUGUACUUUCGAGAAUGUCAGCCGCGAGACGUGAGAGAAGCCACAGCGCUGGACCAUCGAAUGGUGCGAGACUAUCUCGACUUCCUAUAAGGGAUACGGGGCAGGCAAGUCGAAAGAAAUCGAUCGAUCGCAAGCGCACCAAGAGCACUUUAGGUGAACCGGCACGUGUCAGUCGUCAAAGAAGUGGAUCUUUGUUGCGGACGCCCCUAACCCAAUCCGGAGGAAGAUCCAUUGGAAAAUCGCCGACUCUUUCAUCCAUUAAAAAAGACAGUAGGCCGAUUAGCGAUAAGAAAUGGCAGUACGAACAGCUUGUAAAGGUUAGGAGCUUUUUUGCGCGCAACGAACCGCAGAUCGAUCACAACGCAAUCAAGGCCGGAAUGCCGACGGAUAUGUUCAUUGCGGUAACCGCUGCGUAUUUUCGAAGGAUCGACAAAAGAAUCAUUAUAAAUCGAGAGAAUUACAUAGAGGAAGUUCCGUCGCGAUUACGCCUGUUUCGCUAUCCGAUCAGCGUGAAACCGUCACUUAUGAAAGCAGUGAAUAUACCUCACUCGUGGCCUUCCGUCAUUGCAAUUUUGGCAUGGUUGCAUGAUGUCAUCGAAUCCAGCAGUGAUGACAAGUCGCAUGGGACCACUUUGCAGGAUGCCGCAUUAAAAUGUUUUAUGGAUAUGUACAACUUAUGGAAUAUGAUGGAGGAGUCGAGCAGUGAGUUGGUGAAACCACUCAAGGAGUUGGAAAAUACAGCAGGGGAAUACUUCGGUAACGAUCUAGAGCGGCUAAGACAGUCGGAGCAGAGAUGUCGUACUUUGGAAGCUAGCGUGAUCGAUUAUGCCGAAGUAAAUAAAAGGAAACGGAUGGAAAAUAUGGCGUUAAAGGAGAAAUGUGACUCUUUACACAAUAAAUGCGAAGCUUUCCUUCUCUCCAAUAAGGCGUUUGAGGAGAAAAUUACCCUGCACAAGGUGACUAUCUCGAAGAAGAGCGAACAGUUAGAUAAGGAAUUAGAAGAUUUGAUCGCAAUGGAAAAGAACCUAAAGUACGCCAUUAGUAACCAAUUGUAUAGUAUCACGGAUCAAAAGCAGCUCAUUAGUGAAAUUGAAGAUUUAAAAAAUGUUAUUAGGUUGCAAGAGGAACGAAGUCAUCAGCAAAAGAACUGUGUGUACGAUUUUGAUCGGAAACUAUCCGAUCUGAAUCAAAAGAUCCAAUCCAGCGCGUUUAACUAUAACAACGUCAUUCGAAAUAUGAAAAUUUUGGAUCCUUCGUUGAAAGAACUGGAAAUUAUCGAAAGUGGAUUUAUGAGAAGUGAUACUGCACAGACCUUCGACAGUAUUUUACAAAAAUUAAAUAAAAAAGCGGCGGAGAUGAGAACAAAGCUAAAUGCGGAACAAAACGCACUAACCGAAAUUAAUCAGAUGUGUCAGACGUUAGAGAAACAGCUGGAGGUGGUCAACAGCGAAUUAGAUGUGUGCACUAGAAUAGAGGCCGAAGAGCAGUUCACAAUGGAGCACCAUAUUGCAAGACUCGAGCGCGAGAAGCAACUUGCCAUUGAUAAUGUGAACAUUGUACAAAAUGAGCUACUCGAUUUGAAGAGUAGAAGACCCAACAUGGACGCCUUACCACCAAACAUCUUGCAAAUUCAAAAGGAAAAAUCUGAUGCCGUCGACAAAGAGACUCGCGACUUAAAAUACAAGGCGUUCAAGUUUUUCACCCAAUUGGAUUUGCAAAUUUCCAACAACCUCCUCAACUACAUGAAAAUCAUGGAUGAGCUUAACAAGUCUUAUGAUGCUGCCCUUGAGAUGAUGUGUUCAGAUUUCACCUCGUCUACCGAGUUUAUUCAAAGAAUCGAUCGAGAGAUUGAUGAUUUACAGUCUGGAAAGAAAGAUUAGUAAUUUUUCUGUUUGUAGAGUUAUAUUGCACUUAAUUCGUUUGUAUUUUUGUUUUUCUAUCAACUUAAGCAUUUGUAUUGUAUUCUGUCUUUACUAUUCUUGAAAAGGUCUUAAUGCGAAUACGAUAUCA